CAAGUUCAGCACGUUUUUAAAUGCCGGCACCUAAAACAUGUUUUUAAACUCCAAUCUCUUUGAACCUGGAAAGUCAAAACUCGAGCGUAACUUUGUGCAGGUCUUGACAAAGCAGAACAAUCGCCUAGAUGGACGCAGUGCUGACGACUUUCGAGAUGUGGAACUCACAUUUGGUGCCGAAUGGGGCAUAGUGGCAUUGACAGUGGGCCAAACAAGAGUCCUCGCCGAGGUUACCUGUGAGAUUGACGCUCCAACAAGCGCACGUCCAAACGAAGGUGCGUUAUUCCUCAAUGUGGACAUUGAUGGUGUAUCAUUUCUGGACGAGGUCCAGACCACACACGAUCAGCGUGUACUCGCUCUGAACUCUCUGCUGGAACGCACAUUUCGCAGUUCGCGUUGCCUAGACUUGGAGUCACUGUGCAUUGCGUCGGAGCAGCAUGUUUGGUAUGUGCGUGUAAACGUCAAGGUGCUCAAUCACGAUGGCAAUCUAUAUGAUGCCUGUACCACUGCCGCGCUAGCAGCCCUCAUGCAUUUUCGCCGCCCCGAUGUAACCUACAAUGACAAGCAGAUACGAACCUAUAGUGAGAAAGAGCGUGAAUUGGUGCCUAUGCUGUUCCUGCACUAUCCCGUCAGCGUCACAUACUGUGUAUACAAAAGCAGUUCAAAACCGGUGGUCGAUCCCACGCUGCUCGAGGAGAAUGCUGCUGAUUCUGUUAUUGUGCUCAGUUUUAAUUCAUAUCAGGAGCUUUGCACUUUAAAUGCUGGCGGCUCUGCACCUACCACUGCCCACAUUAUAAUGCAGUGUGCGCGCAAUGCGUCGCGUCGUUGUAAGAGCAUGGUUCAAUUUAUUCGCAAAGCCCUGGCGCUGGAUACAGAGCGGCGUCAGGCGAAACAACCAGUCGGAUUGCUAGAGCUAAUGCGCAGUACAAUGCCCAAAAUAACAUAUAAUCGAUUAAUGAACGAGGAAUCAGAUGUGCCUGUGACAAACAAUGAACCUGUUAGCAACAUGGCCACAGUAGCUACUCCACAACACCAGGAGCCGCAGAAUAUGAUUAAAGAGCAACGCAAACAGAACAAACAGGAGCCAGUAACUCCUAUGGAUGAUUCUACUUGGCUACCGUCAACAGAUGAGGUAAAAGAUAAGGAUAAUCCAAAGCUGAAAAUUAAAGAGACUUUGCCGCAAGUGAAGGAAACAAGGCCCAAAGGAAGUAAUAAUAAUCGAGGGAAAGGCAAGGGCGGCAAAAAUCAGAAACCAAAACGAACCGAAAGUGAUUCAGAGGAGGAGACCAAGCCAGUCAUCUAAUAGAUCACCAGUUAAAGUAUUUUUAAUUGCUUAGCAUUUAGGGCUUAUGAAUAAGUCGAAAUCGAAGACUAUCUUAGACCUUUCUUUUUGUACACGGGUGUAACAAUUAUAACAUUAAAAUUAUGUGUGAAGAAUACAUAGUAAAUACAUACUCCAUAUCUAUAA